UUCACCGCUUCACCACUUGUUCUUGUUGUUUGUUGAUUAGUAGUUGUCUGGUUGUUGUCUGGUUGUUGUCUGGUUGUUGUCUGGUUGUUGAUCUGACUGAGUAGUGUUUAAUUGCUCUACUCUGCUCGUCGUCUAGAUCUGAGCGCAGUGCUGGCCGCCUGUGCUGUGCCUUGCUCCUGGCUUGAUCAUCCCCAUCUCAUCUUCACCAUCUCUCCUCUCCCCCCCUCUCUCCCUCCUCCUCUCCUCAACAUCUCUCAACAUGGACACAGACCGUCGCCACUCCCGCGCAAACCGCGUCUCGCUCUACGACAUCUCGCCAGACUUCCUCCUCCCCAAUCCGGCGCUCGUGCCAAGGCCCUCCCAUCAGAGCAACAUCUUCUCUUCUGCCGAUAGCACAUACAACGACACCGCCCUCAGCAACUCCCCCUCCCCUCCUCACUCCCACCAACAACAGCAACCGCAACCGCAACCAUCCCCAGGCGGAUCCCCAAUCCACCCCUCCACCCGCCGCGGCCGCGCCUCCCACGCCCGCCGCCCACCCUCAUUCGUCUUCCCCCCGCCGCCCGCGAUCGCGCUCUCCGCCGCCGCGCCCUACAAACCAAGCAUAUACUCCUCCUCCAGGGACUCGCUCGAGACCACCGCGAUCGACGAAAACAGCACGCAGAUGAGCGAGGCCCGCGCGCCGUCGCCUAUUCGCUAUAGUCUACGCCCGCGCCAGCACAGCAAUAAUAGCGGCGAGAUGCCGCUCUUCAGAUCCAGCGCUGAUCCGUUCUUAGAUCCCGCUGCUGCUGCUGCUGAGAAUGAUGAGGACUCGAGUAAUCCCGCGCACAGCAGACAGAGCAGCGGCGGUGCGUACAUGGGGGGUAAUAUCACGCCUCCGGAGAGCGUGUUUGGCGGGCCCGGCGAGGAGAUGAAAGCAACCACGUCCUCCUCGGGUGCAGACGGGAUCCCGCUGAUUGUCGGCACGCCGCCGAGGUCGUCGUCGCCUGUCAAGGUCGGUGGGCGGAAACCGUUUAAUUUCCAGUCGACUGUUGCGUCUCGGUCGCCUGUUAAUAAACCUAAUCAACGACGGGGGCAUAAAUACAAACACUCGUCGGUGUCGAUGAAUUUCUUUUUGGAGCCGCCGCCGCGGCCACCUCCUGUUCUUCCCUCGCAUUUCCCGGUUCCUACUUACAAAGAGACGAUCCACAGCAUGUCUCACGACCAGAAAAUACAGCUGAUCUGGUGCGGAGUACAUUUCAUAAUAGGCCUGCAACUCUGGCUGAUCAGCUACGAAUCGACAGUGCUGAUGGCGCUCUCGCACGUCAUCUGCUACGACGCCUUUUCCGCGACCGUCUCGGUCCUCGUCGACGUGCUCUCGAACUUUGACGUGUGGAAAACGAGCAGCGUGCGGCACCCGUUUGGGCUGCAACGGACCGAGAUCCUGGCGGGCUUUGCGAGUACGGUCGGGUUGCUGUUUAUGGGGAUCGACAUUGGCUCGCAUCUGUGCGAGAACUUUGUCAAGAACGUGAUCACAGAGUCUGUGCCGCACGACCACGAGGCCGAGCAGUUCUUUGCGCGGGGCAGCGCGCUGGCGAUUAUUCUGUCGCUGGUGGCGACGGUGGUGUCGUCGAUAGUGUUUAAGAACCACGAGCGGGUAGGGACGGCGGUGCAGUUUACGUAUAUCCGGAAACUUCCGUACGGGCUCAACAACCCUCUCUACCUGACCACGAUCCUCUCGUUUCUCGUGAUGCUGACCCUGCCGUCGUGGGCGUCGCAGGCGUAUUUCGGCAAGAUCGACGCGGUGCUGUCGGUCGGGAUCGCGGGCGUGAUGUGUUUUGUCGGGUGGAUGACUGCGCUUACGCUAGGCCGGAUGCUGCUGAUGGGGUUCAACCCGCAAAGCCACCAGAUGAUUGCGAAGAAGAUCCAGGCGGAGGCGGACGUGUCGUCGAUCGAGGAGAUCAGGAUGUGGCAGGUGCAUUACGGCUUGUGUAUAAUCAACAUCCGACUACGCGUGCGCGGAGGGACCGCGAACGAGGCGCAGAUCAGGGCGAAUGUGAAUGCGAUCGUGGGAGAGGUGUUGAAAGCAAACAUGGGCGCGGCCGCGCAGAGCAGUAAUUACGACGCGCAGCAGAUCAGCGGAGGCGGCGAGGGAGGUGGAGCAGGAGGAGGAGGAGGUGGAGCGGGCGCGGAGGGGAAAGGAAAAGGAUUCACGACGAGCGUGGAUGGAAGCGCGACGGUGAACGCGGUGCGGUUUCAUGAUCGGACGGGGAUUCAGUGGGAGAGUACGAUUGACAUUGAGCGCGCGUGAAUAUAGAGUGAGUGUUGUAACUAGUUGUUGUGUUUAUAAAUUGCAUCAGGAUACAGUUAUUGUAGAAAUUACUAAAGAAGGAAAGAGGGAAAGUCGGCAGGUGCGGCUGGAGCGAUGACGUCGUUCUCGGUUGUCGC